CGGGCUGGGGGAGGGGAGCGCGCGGCCGACAGUUUCAGGGAGAAAGCAAAAGGCGGGCGCGAGGCUGCCUUUCGGGGCUCUCCUUGCUUGCAGUUCCUCCCGCUUUGCUGACCUGGGAGUCGCGACCUCCAGCACAGGAUGUGGGGCCACAAGUUGUCGCACCUACAAAGCAGGCUCCAGGACCUGCUGAAGGGAGGAGUUGUAUGUUGGGCCCUUCAACAGUGCAAUUUCAAAAGCUUAUUUCCAUUAGCUAUCAAUUGGCACCAUACAGCCUCCAAAUCUCUGACUUGUGCUUGGCAACAACAUGAAGAUCAUUUUGAAUUGCAGUAUGCUAACACCGUGAUGCGCUUUGAUUAUGUUUGGCUUCGAGACCACUGCCGCUCAGCAUCUUGCUACAACUCUAAGACUCACCAGCGCAGCCUGGACACUGCCAGUGUGGAUUUAGGUAUCAAGCCAAGGACCAUUCGUCUGGAUGAGACCACACUCUUUUUCACUUGGCCAGAUGGUCAUGUGACUAGAUAUGAUUUGGAUUGGCUGGUGAAAAACAGCUAUGAAGGGCAGAAACAAAGAAUCAUCCAGCCUAGAAUUUUAUGGAAUGCUGAAAUCUUCCAGCAAGCCCAAGUUCCAUCUGUAGAUUUCCAGAGCUUCUUAGAAACCAAUGAGGGACUAAAGGACUUUCUGCAAAACUUUCUGCUCUAUGGAAUUGCCUUUGUAGAAAAUGUUCCUCCUACUCAAGAAGACACAGAGAAGUUGGCAGAAAGGAUCAGCUUGAUCAGAGAAACUAUCUAUGGAAGGAUGUGAUAUUUCACUUCAGACUUCUCCAGGGGUGACACUGCAUACACCAAGAUGGCUCUGGAUCGGCACACUGAUACUACCUAUUUUCAAGAGCCCUGUGGCAUUCAAGUGUUUCACUGUCUUAAGCAUGAAGGAACAGGUGGCAGGACACUGCUAGUAGAUGGAUUCUAUGCAGCAGAACAGGUACUUCAAAAGGCGCCUGAGGAAUAUGAACUCCUCAGCAAAGUGCCAUUGAAGCAUGAAUAUAUUGAAAAUGUUGGAGACUGUCACAACCACAUGAUUGGGGUUGGACCAGUCUUAAAUAUCUACCCAUGGAAUAAAGAACUUUAUUUGAUCAGGUACAACAACUAUGACCGGGCUGUCAUCAAUACCAUACCUUAUGAUGUUGUCCACCGUUGGUAUACAGCACACCGGACUCUAACAGUAGAGUUGAGGAGACCUGAGAAUGAGUUUUGGGUCAAACUAAAGCCUGGAAGGGUUCUAUUUAUAGACAACUGGCGUGUCCUACAUGGCAGGGAAUCCUUCACUGGUUACCGCCAACUCUGUGGCUGCUAUUUAACAAGGGAUGAUGUAUUAAACACUGCUCGUCUCUUGGGGCUUCAGGCUUAAUAUUGACAGCAUUGGUAUUAUGAACACACUUGGCACCCCGGCUACCAGUAUUUUAUAUGAACAGAAUAGUAUUGUGUCAAAACCUAUUUCAAAUUGUCUCCUUAUCCCUUCACAUAAAACAGAAGUCACCACUUUUUCUAGUAGGGAAACCCAUUAGAGAGACACUUCCAAUUAUCUGAUAUCAGUCAUUUAGUGUGAUACUCUCUUCUCCAAGUUGUAAACAUGAGGUCAUUUGUUUUUUAGACAUUUUGAUAUAAUUUUUGUCAAUCUACUUCAGAAAUACAAUGUCCACGCUGACAGGGAAACAAAAAUAGUCACUAGGUAAAAAUUUAUUGCAACUAGAUCAGUUAGAACGAAAUGCAUUCUAGGAAUAACAAAGUCUUGAUAAAGCAGUGAUUUGCAAAACUUUUGGUCUUAGGACACCUUAACACUCUUAAAAGUCAUUGAAGACCUUAAGAGUUUUGGGGUGUUGGUUAUAUCUAUUGAUACUAAUUAUAGUAGAUACUAAGACGGAGAAGGGUUUAAAAUUCAAAAACACAAAAGCACACAUUCCUUGGCUAUCACAGAGAUGACAUCAUCACAUGUCACAUAGCCUCUGGAAAAGUCCUCUAUACAUUCAAUAGAUAAUGAGAAUAGAAAAGACAAAUAUCAUCUUAGUGUUAUUAUAAAAAAAUUGUUCUUAACCCACAGACCCACUUAAAGUGUUUCAAGGACCCCUCCAGAUUUCUUCAGACCGCACUUUGAGAACCAGUGGGCUAGGGGAUACCUUGGGACAGUCCUUUACAUAAGCCUGCGGAUUAAAGAGUUUAGUUGAAACCCUAGAUUUUUCUCUAUAGUCUCUAGAUCUACAGACACCAUAGGAAUUGCUUAAUAGCACAUGCUCGGUGAUAAGGUAAGAACUGAAUAUAAACAUAGUGUUUUAUCUUGUCAAAAAGAUCAUCUCCACCCAAGUCAUCUCUUGAGGGAUUAAACUAAAGAGUCACAAUAGCUUCUGUGGAACAAACCCAUCAGUUGCAGAAAGUUUUUAGAGACUUCUGAGGUUCCAUAUGAUAAUUCAUAGAUCCAUACACAUACACACACAACACAAGAGAGUGCAGAGGGUUAGUCUGUAAGAUUGUUCAUGGAACUCAUCAACAUGGAUGAUGUACCUCCAAAGAGAUGGAGUCAUCCAAACUUUCAUUCUGGCUUUUGACGGAUUUUAGGAUACAUUCUGUUCUCCACUUCUGCAGAUUUCUUUUAACUUUUUUUCCCUCUCUUAAAAUAUUAUGCAUGAUAAUUGCCAAGAUUUGACUGGAUUAAGGUUAAUACAUUGCUUCUUUUAUUUUUUUUAAUGGCUUCUUUUAUAUAUGGAGACUCAGAGAUAAGUAUGAAGCUUAUUUCGCCCUGGCUGUCAUUGCAAGGAAAGCUGUAUACAAUAAUAAUUGCAUUGACCACUGUAGAUGAUGAACGAGAAUCCAGGGUAGGGUGUGCACAAGAGGGAAAACAAACAAAACAUUAUUAAGUAUAGGAGUCACAAAGCAAAGCAAAGUCAGUAUUCUGACAGAAAGAGCCUUGAUGUUUCAAGGAGUUACUAGUUCACAUUUAGAAAUUCACUUUAUUGACCCAUCUAGUGCUCCAAAAUAUGUUCACGAAAGAUUUCUGCACUUUAUUUGUACUAUAUGGGAAUCUUCAUGGGUCUUCCAUGAAAUCUGUUUCCCUCUUAGGUCAAAGGAUUGAUAAAGUUCAGGUCUGAAAAAGUAUAUAUCCAUUAGCAAUCAAAACAGAAGUAACAUUUUAAUAUGCAAUUUUUUCUGUCUAGUUGUAUGUACUUCUAAAAUAUGUCACCAUUAGUCUACAUCAGGAUAUUUACCUUUCUUGAAGUUUUGCCCAAAUAUCCCUUAAAAUUACACUAUAGCUGAGGUCAGCAUUGAUUAAUGAGAAGCAAAGGACAUAUUCAUGGCCCUGGAAAGAUAAGGAUACAGAUGAAUUUUCUCCCUUACUGAAGUAUUCCCUUUACCUUCUGUCUACCCUGGGACCUUGAUUCUUUAAUUAUUUCAUCUUCACUUUCCUAAAUUUUCAAUCAAUACUUGUCUACAAUAUACUCCCUUCAGAGGGAGAAAAAAAGGAAGGGAUUUAUUUGAAUGCACUGAAUUCAUGGUGCACUGAAGAUUUUCUAUGUGAAAUGUUUCUUUUUUUGCAUCUCUUUCUAGUGUCCCUGAGAAUGAAAGCACAGGUGUAUGUCUACCAAGCUCACUGUAGAGUCACUUCUACCUUUUGUUAUGAUGUAACAGAAUCAGUAGAGUCUAGAGCACAGGAACCUAACAUAGUGUUUCAUAAUACAAAUUUGUUGGAAUAAGAAUAAAUUAAUGAAUCCUUUUCAAAGAAACUCAUCAAAAAUUGCCACACUGUAACUAUGUUCUUUUGUGAUUGGCUUAACUGGCACCGAAUUUUGUUCUAGAGUGACCAACCAUCCAAGUGUGACCAGGACUGAAAGGUUUUCUGGAUGCAGAACUUAGUUUUUUUUUAUUAAGGUAUCAUUGAUAUACACUCCUAUGAAGGUUUCACAAGAAAAACAAUGUGACCACCACAUUCACCCCCAUUAUCGAGUCCCCCCCAUACUCUAUUAUAGUCACAGUCUACCAGUGUAGUAAGAUGCCACAGAGUUCCCACUUGUCUUCUCUGAGCUACACUGUCUUCCCUGUGACCCCCCACACACCAUGUGCACCAAUCAUGAUACCCCACAAUCCUCUUCUCCUUCCCUCUCCGCCCACCCACCCUCAUCCCUCCCCUUUGGUAACCACUAGUCCCUUCUUGGAGUCUGUGAGUCUGCUGCUAUUUUGUUCCUUCAGUUUUGCUUCGUUGUUAUACUCCACAAAUGAGGGAAAUCAUUUGGCACUUCUUUCUCUGCCUGGCUUAUUUCACUGAGCAUAAUGUCCUCCAGUUCCAUCCAUGUUGUUGCAAAUGGUAGGAUUUGUUUCUUUCUUAUGGCUGAAUAGUAUUCCAUUGUGUAUAUGUACCACAUCUUCAUUGUGUAUAUGUCCACCACUGAUGGACACUUAGGUUGCUUCCAUAUCUUGGCUAUUGUAAAAAGUGCUGCGAUAAAUAUACGGGUGCAUAUGUCUUUUUGAAUCUGAGAAGUUGUAUUCUUUGGUCACCCUACCUUAUUGUCACUAGCUAUGUAUUUUUAUUUAGUAUUCAUUGGUUCCCAUUUCUGACCAAGUGCUUGUGUAUCACAACCUAUUGUAGUCCAUGAUGAAAAAAAAAUGUUGAACUAUGGUGUGUUAUGGUGAUUCCCAAAGUAGGAUCCCCAGACCAGCACCAUCAGCAUCAUUUGAGAACUUGUUAGAAAUGAAAAUUCUCAGGCCCCACCCCACACUUAUUAAAUCAGAAAAUCUGAGGGUGGAGCCCAACAGUUAGUGUUGUAACAAGACGUCAAGAGAAUACUGAUGCCUGUGGGUAAAAUUGUAACACUUCCAGAGUAUCUUGCCAGCUUCAGUGCAUUUGCAUAUCCUCAGGGGUGGAGAGAAGUUCGUCCCACGUCAUUGGGUAAUUACCUGGGCAACUGAGGCCGUGUCUGAACCUGAGAGGUUAAGGGGAGGUCCUUGCUUGCUUGCUGGCUGGCUGGCUUGCUGAUGCCUGAGCAGGAGAGAGAGAAGGCCCCGGACUGCAGUUUGAAGCUAUAAAUGGGUUUUAAACUUUAUUUCUCCCUUUGACUGAUUUUGGUUUUAGAGGUAUUUUGCCCUGGGAUUUCCUCUCCCCGGACUUACAGUGGUCACCAAAAAAGCAAGUCAACUGAGUAAUGAGACAUUCUUGCGUGCAGCCAGUUCCACAUGGAGGGCAGUCAUAUGGAGAAGGACGGGCAGGAGAGAGCUUCCAGUACUUCAGCUCCGUAAGAAAAACUGUAACGUUCCCAGAGUAUCUCACCCGGCUUUAGUGCAUUCGCAUAUCCUCAGGGGUGGAGAGAAGUUCAUCUCCACGGCAGUGGGUAAUUACCUGGGCAACCAGGGCGUGUCUGAACCUGAGAGGUUAAGGGGAGGGGCUGCCGUGCUUGCUUGAUGGCUUCUUCCAGAGCGGAGGAGAAAGACAGCAGUUUGUGAGCAAUAAACGGUUUUUAAACUUAAUUUCUCCCUUUGACUAUUUCGGUUUUUAGAGGUAUUCUGACCCAGGACUUCCUCUCCCCGACUUACCCACUGGAGGGAAGCAGCUUGCUGCCACUGACUCACUGAAUGAGUUGAGGCAUAUGGGUACAGUAAGGAAAAUACCUGCUUCACAGUGUUUCCUAACAAAUCGUGAUUAUUAAAUGUUUGCAGCACAUAAUGACCAAUAAUAAUAGCUAACUCUCACAUAAUGCUUUUCAUGUGCCAGACACUCAUCUACAUGUUGUCAAGAUCCACAGCAACCAUAUCCCCAUUUAAUAAAUGAAGAAAUAGAGGCAAUGAGAGAUUUAAGUGGCUUACCCAAGGUCACACAGCUAAAUGAGUUUCAGAAUUUAGAUUAGUAUCUUGAUAUCUGGCCAUAGAGACAAUACUUUUAAUAAUAUGCCACACUGACACAAUCUAGCUGAUGACUCAUAGACAAUAAUUAUCAUCCCCACUUUCACAGUUGCCGGAGUCCAGCUCCAGUGAGUCCAGGAGUCCCUGAAGGAGGAACGGCGUCGGCAACUGAGCAAAUGAGGACACAGACACUAGCAAAGUUAAGCCGAGCCUGGCCUUUAAUGAAAAGUAGCAGACUGUUUUUAUACUCUUUGAUUACAUAAAGUACAGAUAUUAAUCAUUUGACAUAUAGCGUGGUUACAUGAGUUUGGAAAAUGAGAUUAAAUCAUUUGGCAUGUCCUAG